UGUUAAUUUAUCUGCAAUAUAUCUUUUUUUAGCUUCUUAUACAUAGCCCUAUCAUUUUCCUAUUUAUUUUUUCGAAGUCGGUAAUGUGAGAGGAAUGAACUUAAUGGAGUAUGAGUAUUAAGAGAUGGGUAGACCAACUUUUAUUUUUGUUCAAAUAAUGCAGAAGGCACUGAUUGCUAAGUAACAAAAAACAAAAAGCAGCACUGCAGCAUACACUCACAUUGUGAACUCCUAAACUUGACUUCUUAAAUAAUAAUCGCACUCUAUUAUUGAUAAUUGCUGAAGUAUACUAUAUAUUACAUAGAAAUAUCAGAUUUUGAGCAGUAACCAGUUCUUAAAGUUGAUAAAAAUGGAAACUUUGUGGGAGAUUUUGAAAUACCCAGAUGAAUUUUACCCAAUUUUGAAGGUAAAGAUGGCUGUUAAAGAGGCUAAGGAGCAAAUCCCACCUGAAAUUCACUGGGGUUUCUGCUAUACUAUGCUUCACAAGGUUUCCACAAGUUUCUCUCUUGUUAUACAACAGCUUGAUACUGAGCUUCGCAAUGCUGCAUGUGUCUUUUACUUGUUCCUUCGAGCCAUCGAUACUGUAGAGGAUGACAUGAGCAUAGCUGCGGAUGUCAAAUUGCCUAUUCUGAGAGCUUUUCAUCAGCAUAUAUAUGAUCACGACUGGAAGUUUUCUUGUGGAGCAGGGGACUGCAAAAUUCUGAUGGAUGAGUUUCAUCAUGUCUCAACUGCUUUUCUGGAGCUUGAUAGACAUUGCCAAGUAAUAAUUGAGGAUAUGAUCAGACAGACGGGUGAAGGAAUGGCAAAAUUUAUCUGCAAGGAGAUUGUAACAGUUAGGGACUAUGAUGAAUAUUGCCACAACGUAACAGGGCCUAUUGGUUUAGGAUUAUCGAAGCUUUUCCAUAACCCUGGUUUGGAGGAUCUAGCUCCAGAGGAUCUUUCCAAUUCGGUGUCUUUAUUUUUGCAGAAAACAAACAUCAUUCAAGAUUACCUUGAAGAUAUAAAUGAUAUUCCGAAUCCUCGCAAGUUUUGGCCCCGGGAGAUUUGGUGUAAAUAUGUCAACCAACUGGAAGACUUGAAAUGCGAGGAGAACAGAGAAAAGGCGGUCCAAUGUUUAAAUGAGAUGGUGACCAAUUCCUUGUUGCAUGUAGAAGAUUGCCUAAACUACAUGUCAGCUUUGCAUGAUCAUGCCAUAUUUCGGUUUUCAGCUAUUCCACACAUCAUGAGCAUUGGAACUUUAGCUUUAUGCUACAACAACAGUCAAUUCUUCAGACGCCCGGUGAAAAUGAGACGUGGUCUUGCUGCUGUAAUUUUUUAUCAGACAAACACAAUGUCUGAUGUUUACGGCGCCUUCUAUGAUUUCCUCUCCUUGAUGAAAUCAAAGGUUGAUAAGAAGGAUCCAAAUGCCACAAAAACACUAAGCAAGAUUGAAGCAAUCCAGAGUAUUUGUAAGAAUUCCGGAACACUGAAAAAAAGGAAAUUGCACAUUGUGAGGACUAAGUCAGCAUACUCUCCAAUCGCGAUGAUGAUGUUCUUCAUUGUUCUGGCAAUCAUUUACACUCGUCUGUCUUCCAACCAACAGAAUAACUAAAAUAUUAAGCAGUGGUAUGGCUUCUUGUGCAAUUGCGUGGCUUGUUGUUUGGGUUCGCUUGCUUUCUCUAAACAUGAAUUUGUGAAACCAAGGCUUUUUUCAAGUAACUGCCUUGUAAUAAUACGCUUUGCAUUUUGGCCAUUUUCUAACUUCUGGUUCAUUUUGAGGAUCAGUGUACUCAUAGUUCUUGUUUUGGGGCAAACUUAUUAUUCAAGUUGCUGAAUAAUCAAUACCUUCGAUUGGAAAGUUUAGUGAUGGACACUAGAUAUGUACAUCACCCCUCCAAACCAAAAAAAAAAAAAGUAGUUGGGAAUAAAUUGAUCAUGCUUCUUGUUUAAUGCAUAUUCAUAUAAAGUUAAAACUAUAUUGUAGUGUAAUGUAAGAAGAGGUACCCUAUUAAAUCUUCACCUUUCAAAUUGUCAUACAUUUGUACUUGUUCAAAUGUAAUUUGUAACACAAAGUACAAUUUAAAGCAUCGAUCAAUAAUGAAUAUUAUAUUCUUGUUAACAACCAUGAGAUAAGAUGAGGUUAAGAGGCUAUGUAUACUUUUUCCAUCAAAAUAAGGCUUCCAUUCAUUCAUUGUGUUAAGUAACAAACAAAAUACCUAAGUAUAAUAAAAUCAACACCGUAAUCAAUUCACUUUCACUCACUCUCACAUCAUGACAUCUUUUUCUUCCUCAUUCUAACUACCGAAUUUAGGAAUAAUCAACAACACCAAUGAAGAUGAAGGAUUCUCAACACCUUAAUAAGACCCUAGGAUGCUAAGUUGGUAAUUAUUAUAAUCAUCUCUUGCAGGUAUUCACUACAUGCGACACAGAUUUUGAAGUAUCAGUCACACAAGUAUAAUAGCAGUUUAAUAGCAAGGAAAUGCAGCAAAAAAAAAAAAGGCAUA